AUGGACUGCUUCCAUAGCACAACUGCACCACAAAUCGUAUAUUCCUACGACGCAGCCCUCGUUGGCUCCACCUCAUGGGACGUGUCGCCCGCCCACAGUAACACGCACGACGUUCGCAUCCCCAUGCACGUCCCGCACUGGCGCACGGAAAGCCUCAUGCCGCAACCGUACCCCAACACAGCCUGCACGCCCGCCUCACUUGCCCAGAUCCCCUCCGCCAUCCUCCCGCCCGACGCUCAAGAUUACCUCGGCGCCCGCCUUGCCCUCUUCUCCGAAGCCCCAUCCCGUAUCCGCCAGUGGCUCCACAUGCUCGCACACCCUGCGCACGUAGUGCGCAUCGAGCCCGCACUAGACCCCUCUCCCGCGCCUCCACCUGCACAGGACAUGCUUUACGCCUCUCCAUCCAGCACACACGGCUCAGACGCAUUCUCCAGCCCCGCCUCUACGAGGGCGUCCGACGCGCUCCCGUGGCUCCCUGCCCCGUACACCGUGCCCGACGCGCGCACGGCGAGCCUGCAGUGCCAGUGGGACGGCUGCACGCAGCGCUUCGCGACCACGCGCUUCGGCGACAUCGAGGCGCACCUCCGCGCCGCGCAUUUUGCGCCGGCCGCAUGGGACGCCGACCGUCGCGGGCACUGCCGCUGGGCGGGCUGCGAGCGCGACAAGACGCUCUUCUUCAAGAGCUUCGCGAAGCACAUCGCGACGCGCCACCUGCGCUCGACCGCUACGGGGUGUGCGGUGCACGGGUGCGGGGAGCGCUUCACGCGCGCGGACUCGAUGGCGCGCCAUUUGAUGAAAGUGCAUGGCGUUGGCCUCCAGGACUGA